AUGGACUACCCAUUUUUUUGUGCCAUGAUUCAGCCCUUUCAUUUUAGUGGCUUCAAUAUGAUGUUCCCCGAGGCUGGACGUAGCUUCAAGGCAUCAUACAAAUGUUUUUCGGUAUCCAUGUUACCGGGCAAUGAGCGCCAAGAUGUGGAAAAUGGUGGCAAGAUCAUUAUGCCACCCUCAGCAUUGGAUUCCCUGACCCGCCUCAAUGUCGAAUACCCAAUGCUGUUCAAAUUGAUUAACAACAAAAAAGCCCGAACUUCACAUGCUGGCGUUUUGGAGUUUGUGGCCGAUGAGGGUAAAUGUUAUCUGCCCUAUUGGAUGAUGGACAAUUUGCUGCUGGAGGAGGGUGAUAUUCUAACCAUAGAAAGUGUCUCCUUGCCGGUGGCUAAGUUCUCCAAAUUUCAACCACAUAGCACAGAUUUUUUGGAUAUUACCAAUCCAAAGGCGGUGUUGGAAAAUGCUCUCAGAAAUUUUGCAUGUUUGACCACGGGAGAUGUCAUUGCCAUUAAAUAUAAUAAAAAGGUGUAUGAGUUGUGUGUGCUGGAAACAAAACCGGGUAAUGCUGUGAGCAUUAUUGAAUGUGAUAUGAAUGUGGAAUUUGAAGCCCCUGUGGGCUAUAAGGAGCCAACAACAUCCAAGAAAGUAGAGCCACAAGAGGAAAUGCCCCAGGACCAUGUCAUGGAAGAGGUGGUGGAAACCUUUAAAGGUUCUGGGGUACGUUUGGAUGGUAAAAAGAAAAAGGACAAUCAAUUGGAUGCACCAGUCAUUAAGAAGAUUCUGGCCCGUGGCGUUCCCGAUUAUGAUUAUCAAUUUGGUUAUUUGAAAUUUGAUCGCACCAUUAAGCCGAUUAGUGAUCGUGUGGCAGAAAUUGAUGCCACACCAGCGGUACAAGAAAAUUUCCAGGGUGAGGGAUUUUCAAUGAAAAAAUCCCGCAAAUAA